AUGCCACUCUUUUCUUGCGCAUUGGUACCUCCUGCAAUUGCCAAAGCCCAGGACGACAAACAAGACCUCACGAUCGUUUACCACAAGGCCAACUCGGACGUCACUGUGGAAGUCCUCUCUGGUGGAAACCUGGUGGGACAGUCCUGUUCAUCUUCUCUCAGCUCGGGUGCUUUCGAGAAGCUGCCAAUCAUCUUUGACGUAAACGAGCGUGCCAGCGGCAACCUCACCGUUGGUUCCUCCACCUACCUGAAUCACGUGGAUGCCAACUACUCCGGCGAUAUCGUCUGUGCUCGCAUGUUCAACCAUGCUGAAGCUGCCGCGUCCUGCACUGUCGCGGUGCCUGCGAACCUCCCAAUGCAACCAUUGAGCAAGUCCAACAUCUCUGAGUGCAUCUCAGAUCACCGCAAUCGCCUUGCAAAGUUCUUGCGAGCAUCCAUGAAUCCUCCCGGGGGCUCAACGGAUGCAGGCCAGGCCGAGAUGAUUAUAGACCCCCGCCCCAACAACCACACUGCAAACCGAAGGGGAAGACUGAACGUUUCGGCGAUGGUGAUCCUCAUCAAAACUAUUACCUUCUUCAGAUGA